AAGUAGAACGAAAUGCAUUGAUGGAGAAGUCCUUUCCUUGGCUAUACAAGUAUUGUAAAGAGAGAGGUUAUGACUUCCGAAUGGUGGACCUGAGAUGGGGGAUAAGAGAUGGCAUUACUAAUGAUCACAGCAUGGCUUCGCUGCAUUUGAAGACCUUAAGAAAAUGUCAGCAGUUGGGAUUCCAGACCUUCAUUAUAUUUAUUGGGCAAAAGCAUAGUGAGCCUUCCCUGCCAGAUAUAAUAACUAAGGAAAACUUUGAGGCAAUUAGAGCUGCAGUUGAGCAGGCGAAGCGAAGCACCAAAAAGGCAAAGCACAAUUUGUCCAGUGGUUUAAAGGAAGAGACUGGGGGAGCCAAACAAAAUGAAAGCCAAGAUGAUACGAGUCAAGAUGUCUUGGGCUCUGAUGUAUCAACAGAAGAAUCUGAAGCUGAAACAAAUAGUAAGGAAGAAUACGAGCUGGCUGAUUCCAAAGGGCAGAGAUUUCCUAAUGCUCCUCUCACCCAAAAGACAGUUGUUGAAUAUGACCGAGAGCUUCAGCUUCUGAAUAAAUGGUACAGGAUGGAUGAAAACUGCAUCCCACCAGUUUACAAACUUCAGCCGAUUUGCACUGUGUACAGAGAUAUCUUUAGCAAAGAUCCCACUCGCAGGCAGCAAGUUAAGAACAAAUGGCGGGUGUCAUUUCAAAAACUGAAUAAGAUCUUUCAAGAAUAUGCUUCAGUUGCUCUUGGCCAAGAAACUGCCUCUAGCUUGCUCAAACCAGUUUUACACCAAGAAGUGGAUCAAGGAUUCCAAGUCCAUGGACCUCGUGAGGAUCACUGUCACUGCUUCAAAAGAAACAUAAGUGAGCUGCAGAGCAAUCUAUCAAACCCUCAAGCAUUCAAAUAUAUUGACAUCCAUCCCUUGCGACCAGAAAUCAACAAAGCAAUGCUUGAAGCCCAUCAGGAAUUUGUGAAAAGCAUUCACUCCAGGCUGCGUCACACAAAUAUCUACAACAAGAAUAUUAACUGGGGAAGAGAUGGAAUCAGCACCACCCACAACAGAUCUCAUGCCUAUUACGUGGACUCUCUUUGCAGUGACUUUCAAAAAAUUGUUGUCAACCACUUCAAUAGAAUGAUAAGUUCAAAAGAUGUUCCAGACAGACUACAUCGAAGAAGAAAACAAGCAUUUAAAAAACAUAAUGAUGAAGAGAUUCUGGAGCAUGUGCAACAUGGACAGGCCUUGGUUAAAUGUCUCAUAGGAAGAGAAAUGGUUUUGAAAGAGCUGAGGAAUCAACUUACACCUUUAAACAGAAGGUUAAUUGUCCUUUGUGGAGAGGCUGGAUGUGGGAAAAGUGCCAUCACAGCAAAGGCGGCUUCGUUGGCUUCUCACUGGAUCUCUGGUGAUCUCAGAGUUAUAAUUCGAUUUAUUGGUGCCACGGGUGAAAGCAGAAAUAUCCGACUGCUGCUCUUGGGUCUUUGCUGCCAGAUAGCUGAUAUUUACAAAAUCUCCAUUAAUUUAUCCCAGGAUUUUAAAGGCUUGGUGGAAGAGUUUGCAUCCUUGUUGGAAUUUGCUACACAAGAUAAGCCACUUUUAAUAUGCCUGGACGGUUUGGAUGAAUUAACAGAGGAAUAUGAUUCAGAUCUUUCUUGGAUACCCGCAGAAUUACCAGAGAAUGUGUAUUUUAUUGCUUCCACCUGUACAACUGGAUCAGCUUCUUUAUGCUUAAAAAAGCUGGAGAAAAUAACUGUGAUGGAGAAUAUUCUACAAAUACCACCUUUAACAUCUCAAGAAAUCAAUGAGAUUAUCAAUUCUUGGUUAGAAAGGGAUCAACGAAGACUCGCCAAAGAUCAGUAUGAUCUCUUAAUGGAGUCAUGUACAGCCUGCCCACUACCACUUUACACACAUUGUGCAUAUAAGGAAUCUUGUUUAUGGACAUCUUUCAGCCCAGAGACAGAUGUGUAUCUUCCUCAAAACAUACCUGAGAUGUAUUCUCGGAUCCUCGGCAGAAUGGAAAAAUACCAUGGAGAACAGGUUGUGAAAAGGAUGGGAGCUUAUGUGACACUUUCAAGAAAUGGCAUAACUCAGGAAGAGCUACUUGACCUGAUGUCCAAAGAUGAUGCAGUAAUGCAAGAAGUAACUAAAUUCCAGAAAGUUUCCAUUCCAGCUUUCCCUCUUGUAUUAUGGUUGAAGCUUUUGGAUGAUCUUGGAGAUCACCUAAGAGAACAAAGAACAGACAACACUUAUGUUUUUACUUGGGCUCAUACAUCUCUGAAACAUGUGUGCAUAGAGAGGUAUCUUAAAGCACAGGAGUCCCAAAUAUCGGUUCAUGAUACCUUUGCAAACUACUAUUUGGGUAGAACUUCACAUGAAGGCAGCAAACUGUGUACAUCUCAGCCUCUGGCCUGGGUCUUGGAAAAAGAAGCCAAGAUCAACUACUUCUUUAAUAUUCGUAAGCUCUUUGGAACUCCAUAUCACCUCAUCAAAUCAAAGAAUAUUAUUGUUCUAAUCAGAGAGUGUCUAUUUAAUUAUGAGUUCCUCUUGCACAAAUCCUGGGCAUCAUCUGUAGUUAGCAUUGAAGAGGAUCUCAGAGCAGCUAUCAGUGCAGACAGGACUAUACCUGACUUAACUUUGUUAAGUGAAGUUCUCAGGUUAUCCAAGAAUGUUCUGCUGCAAGACCCAUGUCAGAUGGCUUCUCAGUUUAUAGGUCGUCUUCAUCAAAUUGCAGCAGCGGAUAAGCCAGUGGCUCCAGGGGAUCCCAAAAAAUAUCUCUAUCUGCCAGCUCUUUUGUCCCAGUGUGAGAAAUCUUCCAUUCCUGUUCUUGUUCCUUCAACAACCUGCCUUAUAGCUCCUGGUGGACUACCAUGUGACUUUCUCAAAGGUCAUUUGGACAGAAUUACAGCCAUCGGACAAACCCAAGACGAACACAUUGUUGCAACAGUUUCCAAUGAUGGCACUUUAAAACUGUGGGACCUGAGAGUUGGUAAAGCCAUCUUCACUCUGCGUGCAAUUGGGAGGAAUAUCAGCGCUAUUGCUAUAUGUUUGGAUAACAGGUUGGUGGCUGUGUCUGACAAGACCAGCAUCAAAAUUUGGGACCUUUCCUUGAAAAAAGUGAUAUAUGCCACUGGAGGGUUUUUGGAUACUCCUAUACUAACUUCUGCAAUGAACGGACAACUCUUGCUGGUUUUUUUUAAUGGCAACCACAUGGUUCAGGUUUUUGAUCUCGCUCGCUCAUGUCAAUUGCUCCAUGAAGCUUACCUUUCUACUGAAGAAGUGCCCAUCCACAAGGACCGAUCUAUACUUGUAUCAAAGAAUUCAGUGAAAGAUUAUGUUUUGUUUGUCUAUAGAAGUGGAAGCGAAGCAAUGGUUUUUAGUGGUAAGGCCGGAAAAGUAGUUGCUAAACUGAAAAGCCAAGAACCAAUUGCAGCUGCUGAGGAUGUGGCUGUAACCAAGGAAUAUUUUCUGGUGAUUUUCAGGUAG